AACCAUACUACCACUUCAGGAAGGUAUCCCAUCCAAUUACAUAGCCAUGGCCUAUCUAAAUUAAGAAACUCCAACUUCAGUGGUAUUAGACCUCUUUUAUUGCCUCUCUUCCAUCCAAAUCAAACCUUAUUCCCACCCAAUAUCACAACUUCUUAUAAAAACCCUAUCUUGGAUCCCAAAUUCCCUCAAUCUCUCUCUUUCUCAUCACAAGAUGAGGAAUCUCACUUUAUCUUCUUUGUUCCUCCUCCUUCUUCCUCUUGCAGCCUGUGAACAUCAGGUUUUCAUUGUUAAUUUGGGAGAACACGGUGGAGAUAAAACCUCAAAAGAAAUUGAGGAUACCCAUCACUCGUUUUUAGCCUCUGUGAAGAAAACAGAAGAAGUGGCUCGAGCUUCUCUACUCUACAGUUACAAGAACACCAUCAAUGGCUUCGCGGCAUUGCUUACUCCAGAAGAAGCCGAUACCUUUUCCAGAAUGGAUAAAGUGGUGUCUGUGUUACCAAGCAUACGAAGAAGAUGGUCUCUUCACACUACAAGGUCAUGGAAAUUUGCAGGCUUGGAAGAGGGUGUAGAUACUCUAUAUAGGAGUGGAGAUCUGCUGCAUGAAUCAAACUACGGGAAAGAUAUCAUUGUUGGGUUAUUGGAUUCUGGUAUAUGGCCGGAGUCAAAGAGCUUCAGUGAUGAAGGGUUGGGACCCAUACCCAAGAGAUGGAAAGGAAUCUGUCAAGCUGGAGAUGCUUUCAACUCUUCCCAUUGUAAUAGGAAACUGAUCGGAGCAAGGUACUAUCUGAAAGGGUAUGAACAGUACUACAACCAGAAGCUCAACACCACGGCCGAAUUCCGGUCCCCUCGGGAUCACGACGGCCAUGGGACUCACACAUCGUCCACCGUCGGUGGCCGGAGAGUCCAUGGUGUCUCAGCCCUUGGUGGCUUUGCCCAGGGCACAGCCUCUGGUGGAGCUCCACUUGCACGUCUUGCCAUGUACAAAGUAUGCUGGCCAAUUCCUGGCAAGUCCCUUAUAGAGGGAGACACUUGCAUGGAAGAAGACAUGCUUGCGGCCAUCGACGACGCCAUUGGUGACGGCGUCGACGUUCUCAGCAUCUCCAUAGGAUCACAAAAUCUUUCAAAUUACUUGGAGGAUUACAUUGCAAUCGGUGCACUUCAUGCUAUCAAGCGUAAUAUCGUUGUGGCCUGCAGUGCUGGGAACUCAGGUCCUGCACUGGCGACUGCUUCGAAUCUAGCUCCUUGGAUCAUCACUGUAGCUGCUAGUAGUGUGGAUCGAGUCUUCAUCUCUCCUGUUGUGUUAGGGAAUGGCAAGAAAAUUAGGGGUCAAUCGGUGGCUCCACACAAGCUACAGAGGAAGAUGUACCCCCUUGCUUAUGCCGGAGAUGUGGUAGUCCCCAGUGUUCCCAAGGAUCUUAUGGGGCAAUGCCUUCCGGGUUCAUUGUCGCCGGAGAAAACAAAAGGAAAAAUUGUACUGUGCCUGAGAGGAAAUGGAACAAGAGUUGGGAAGGGCAUGGAGGUGCAAAGAGCCGGAGGUGCUGGUAUCAUUCUAGGCAACAGCCCCACGAACGGAGACGAGAUAUCCGUCGACGCCUAUGUUCUUCCGGGGACCGCCGUUGUAUCACAUGAUGCCAUCACUAUAAUAAAUUAUAUCAAAUCUACCAAGAAUCCUAAGGCAUUAAUCAUCCCACCCACCACCAUCUUGGACUCCAAACCAGCACCAUUCAUGGCUGCUUUCUCCUCACAAGGUCCAAACGUUCUUGAGCCCAAUAUUCUUAAGCCAGACAUUACUGCACCAGGGUUGAAUAUAUUGGCAGCAUGGAGUGAAGCCGAUUCUCCUACAAAGUUAGAUUUGGAUCCUAGAAUCGUUAAGUACAAUCUUCUGUCUGGGACGUCCAUGUCAUGCCCUCAUAUUGCAGCCACGGCUGCCCUUCUCAAAGCCAUUUACCCCAGUUGGAGCAGUGCCGCUAUAAGAUCGGCUAUCAUGACUACAGCAACCACUAAGAGUAAUAUUGGCAAGCCACUGACUGAUGCCUCCGGCAAGAAAGCCAACCCCUUCAGUUAUGGUUCAGGACACUUCAGGCCAACAAAAGCAGCAGAUCCUGGUCUUGUCUAUGAUGCUUCAUAUACUGAUUAUCUUCUAUUCCUAUGUAGCACUGGAAUCAAUAACUUCGACUCUACCUUUAAAUGCCCAAAUGUCCCACCCUCACCAAGCAAUCUCAACCAUCCAUCUCUAGCAAUCUCAAAGCUUAAGGGCCCCAUGACUGUGACAAGGACUGUUACCAAUGUUGGUGGAAGCAGGAGUUUGUAUUUUGUAAGAGUAAGAUCUCCACCAGGGAUUUCUGUUGAGAUUAAUCCAAGUGUCCUCUAUUUUAGCCAUGUUGGAGAGAAGAAGAAGUUCACAAUAACUGUGAAACCAAAAGGGAAGGUGGUGAAUGGAGAGGAGUACAAGUUUGGGUGGUACACAUGGAGUGAUGGAAUCCAUGAAGUUAGAAGUCCCAUGGCAAUUUCUCUUCUGUAAUUUGGAUAUUUCCCACAAAACUUAUAGGUGGAGUUAAGAGUAUAGAAGAGAGCAUAUAAUUGAGAUUAACAGGUUCUAAUAAAACUAUCAAUUUAUUACCCUUUC